CAAAAUUUCCCGUCUUCCUCGGACUCUAUAAUAAUCCGAAUACACAAAAUUAAUUUGCCUUUAAGUUAAGCUAACUUGGCUUCAAGUUAAAGCUAUUUGCCCAAUAUAUAAAGCCCACCUUGGCGAUUUACUUGAUUAAUACAAAAACCAUAGCCCUCCCUCUCUUGAUUAAUUUGCUGCGUCUUUUUUCUUCCAUAUGGCUCUACAAAACCAACAAAUUGUAGAUUAUCCAAGCUUCAAGCUUGUAAUCGUUGGCGAUGGUGGUACUGGAAAAACAACUUUUGUCAAAAGGCAUCUCACUGGUGAAUUCGAGAAAAAAUACGAACCAACUAUUGGUGUUGAGGUUCAUCCAUUAGACUUCUUCACAAAUCUUGGGAAAAUUCGUUUUAAUUGUUGGGAUACAGCAGGACAAGAAAAGUUUGGAGGUCUUCGUGAUGGUUAUUACAUUCAAGGUCAAUGUGCAAUUAUCAUGUUUGAUGUUACGGCUCGUUCGACCUACAAGAAUGUUCCUACGUGGCAUCGAGAUCUUUCAAGGGUUUGUAAAAACAUCCCUGUUGUUCUUUGCGGAAACAAAGUUGAUGUUAGGAACAGGCAGGUUAAGGCGAGGCAAGUUACUUUCCACAGGAAGAAGAAUUUGCAAUAUUAUGAGAUCUCGGCGAAGAGUAAUUAUAAUUUUGAGAAGCCAUUUUUGUACCUUGCUAGAAAGCUUGCUGGGGAAUAUAAUCUUCAAUUUGUGGAGUCGCCUGCACUUGCUCCACCAGAAGUACAGAUUGAUUUAGCUGCACAGAAAUUGCAUGAACAAGAGCUUUUGCUAGUCGCUACUCAGCCGCUUCCAGAUGACGAUGAUGAUCUAGCCGCCUUUGAAUAGAAAGGAUAGCUGAUCAGAGGCGGGCUAGGAUUUUGAGUUUAUGGUGCACCUUUUUUAUGUUCCUAGUUUUUAGUCUUUUGAGGAUUUGUUUGAUGCUUCCUAGUACUAUUGUGAGGCCGUGCAUGGUUUAUUAGGUUAGAUAAGUGUUGUGUUCGCGGAUCAGUUUAUCCAUGUUGCACCUUUUAUAUAUAUAUAUAUAUAUAUUCCUAGUUUUUA